GUGAGAAGGUGGUUCUUUGCAUGGUGAAGUGCAGGAUGGGGUGCAGCAGCUGGAUUCCUUCUUGGUGUAGAAAGUAGGCUGUGAAGUCCUGGUUUUGUUAUCCUCUGGCACAGGUUGUAGUGGCGACUGCCUGAGUUUGUGGGAGAAUGAUGUGCUUUCUGGUAGCAGAAGUGUUGAAGCCCCAGCUGUGCUCUAGCAGCUUCCUUCUGCUUUUCACAUGCAGCCUUUGUACUGCUGCGCUGAAAAUGGGCUUCACUGUGUCUUUGCUACUCCUGUUUUGCCCUUUAUCUGUUGAUGCAGCUCAUACAGCUGUCAUGAGAAACCUCACUGAAGUCGGAUAAGAGAAAAACAGAGAUGGUUUUGAUCUGCCCUUGCAGUGGUGUAGCUGCAAGCUGUGGUCCUUAAGGGGAACCCGAGCAGUUGAAUUCUAAUGUGCAAUUGGAAGGGGCAGAAGGAGAGAGAUGAAUUUGGUGCUUUUGUAAGGUACCCCUGUCUGCACUCCCCUGGAAGGAGACCAGCUUCAGGGCAGGUGACCGCUCUCCCACUCGCUGACGCAGUGACUGUAAGUUCAAACAUGGUCUCUACCAGACGUCGGGCACGCUCCAACAAGUCUGUGGCGACCCAGACAGAGGGACUGCCCAGAUGUGCAGCGGUCCAAGUCUCUGGCUGCAGGGAGUGCCUGAGUCUGCUGCUGCCGGGGGACGAUGGGAGGGAUGGCACCUGCGUGAGGUGCGAACAGUUGGAUGAGCUGCUCAGCCUUGUGGUAGAGCUUAGGGAGGAGGUGGAGCGGUUAAGAUCCAUUAGGGACUGCGAGAGGGAGAUAGACUGGUGGUGUACCUCUCUGCAAGAAACAAGCAGAGAUUGCAACCCCCAGCCUGUAGUGGACUCUCUGCCUUCCCGUAGUAAAAACGAGAGAGCUGACUUGGGAGGAGAAGAGGAAUGGCAGCAUGUCCCACCUCAGCGACGCAGGCGGCGCCCUCCCCGACCUACCUCGGUUCCUCAGGUGCCCCUAAGUAAUAGGUUUGAAACCCUGGAACUGGAGGGUGAGGAGGCUGAGAACAAGGUGGUGGAACAGCCUCUGAGCUUUGCUAAGGAGAGGCGGUCGGCUCCACGCUUGAAGACCGCCUCUUCUGGUAAAGAAAGGAGGGUGAUAGUUGUAGGAGACUCUCUUCUAAAAGGAACUGAGGGCCCGAUAUGUCGUCCUGACCCCACCCGGAGGGAAGUGUGCUGCCUUCCUGGGGCACGGGUCAGGGACAUCUCUAGAAAGCUGCCUGGGCUUAUUCGCCCGUCUGACUACUACCCCUUAUUGGUAGUUCAGGUUGGCAGUGAUGAUACUGCCAAGAGAAGCCUAAGGGCAAUCAAAAAUGACUUCAAGGGUCUGGGGAGGGUACUGGAUGGUGCGGGAAUGCAAGUGAUCUUCUCUUCUAUCCCUUCAGUGGCGGGGAAGGACUCUGAAAGGAUCAAAAAGGCCCUCCUCAUCAAUAAAUGGCUUAGAGAAGAAAAGGACCAUGGAUUUGAGGUGGGCUGUGAAUCACCCCAAGAUGAAACUUGCCGAGGUUGCGUAGAGUCGGAUGCGAUUCCUUUCCAGGCUCCAUCGGGGAGUUUGGACGAGCCGGACGCCGUUGCCAGUUUGCCCACUCCUGGUGACAUCUUGGUGUCCUACUCAACCUUUCCAGGUUUUGUGUCCUGGAGGGACAAGGUGAGUGGCUCGUGGUAUGUGGAAACCCUGGACAGUGUGCUGGAACAUUCUGCCCGUUCUGAAGACCUGCUAACCAUGCUGCUCCGGGUGUCAGACAUCGUGUCCACCAAGGGGAAGUACAAGCAGAUCCCAGGCUGUUUCAACUUUCUACGUAAGAGAUUCUUCUUCCUGUGCAAAUGA